GAGCAGAUGAAGAUGAUGGUUCGCAGCAAGUUCCUUCCCCAGAGCUUUUGGGAUAGGAUGGAGCAUGAUUUCUAUCACUUACAGCAGGGCAGUUCUACAGUGGAUGAGUAUAUCCACACUUUCACUCGCAUGUGCCUUUUUGCGGGGGAUGCAUUGAACACCGAUGCCAAGAAAGCCCGCAAGUUUCUCAAGGGGCUCAACCAGAGGAUCCGUGAGCUGGUGGGAAGUCACGGACAGAUGUCCUAUGCUGAUACCGUGAGUCGAGCUCAGGAGGUCGAGAGCUGUCUCAUUCCAUUGGCUCCAGUCCCCUCUUACUACCAUGCCGCCCAGCCAUCUCAGGCCAUUGUCCAGCAUGCUCAGCCCAUCUCAGCUGUGCCGACCGGCUCUAGUUCGGGCAAGAGGAAAUCCAAUUAUCAGAACAAGAAAAAGGGCAAGAAGGGAAAUUUUGGCAGACGCGACGACCGACCCACUCAGGGUCAGCAGCCGAGGUGCCCUAAGUGCGGCAGGUUCCACACCGGGGAGUGCUUAGCAGACCAGCGAGCUUGUUACAACUGCAACCGUCCGGGCCAUUAUGCUAGUAUGUGCCCUGAGCCCAAGAGACAACAGCAUCAGCAGGCUCUUCCCCAGCAGCGACAGCAGCAGCUUCCCCCACCGCCACCUCAUCAGCAGCCUCCACCGUCCCAGCAGAGGGCUGGGGGUCAGGCCCGAGUCUACACCAUCACCCAUGACGAGGCUGCUCGCAACGCAGGUACUAUGUCAGGAAUGCUUUUGAUAUCCCAUGUGCUUGUUUUUGCUUUAUGUGAUACCGGUGCUACCCACUCCUUUAUAUCUUCUUGUUGCUUGGAGGCCUUGUCUCUUAGCACUGUGCAUGCUUGUGACCCUCUCGAGGUUAGUUUAGCCUCGGGAAAAAUUAUUAUCUCUGAUUCAUUGGUUCGCAAUCUUCCUAUCUGUAUCGGUGGUCGAAUUCUGGAAGCCAGCGUUUAUGUAAUUGAUAUGCGAGACUUCGACGUGAUCUUGGGCAUGGACUGGCUCACCCGUUACCGAGCCGAUAUUCGGUGCCAGGAGCGCGAAGUCACCCUUUAUCCCGUUUUCAAUCAGCCUGUUGUGUUCUUUGGGGUAAGUUCGAGGACUGUGCCUCGGGUCAUCUCUUCCAUGCAAGCUAGGAAGAGCCUUUCCAAAGGUAGCUGUCAAGGUUACCUUGUCUCCAUGGUAUCCAACGAUGUUGAUGAGCGCGUGCCCGAGAGAGUAUCUAUUGUUUGUGAGUUCUUUGAUGUUUUUCCUAAUGACUUACCUGGGGGACCGCCAGACCGUCAGGUGGAGUUCACUAUUGACCGAAUUCCAGGAGCUGGUCCCGUUUCUAAGGCCCCUUAUCGUAUGGCGCCGAAGGAGCUUCAAGAGCUCAAGGCCCCGAUCCAGGAGUUGCUCAAGCUCGGUUUCAUCCGUCCGAGUGUUUCGCCUUGGGGUGCGCCUGUCCUAUUCGUUAAGAAGAAAGACGGAUCUAUGCGCAUGUGUAUUGACUAUCGGGAGUUGAAUGCCCUUACAGUCAAGAACAAGUAUCCCCUUCCCCGUAUCGAGGACCUUUUCGACCAGCUGAGAGGAGCCAGCAUCUUCUCAAAGAUUGAUUUGCGUUCUGGCUAUCAUCAGCUGAAGAUCCGGGAGUCAGAUAUUUCCAAGACUGCUUUCCGUACCCGUUACGGCCACUAUGAGUUUGUAGUCAUGCCGUUCGGACUUAGCAAUGCCCCAGCCGUUUUCAUGGACCUUAUGAAUAGGGUCUUUCAUCCUUUCCUAGACCAGUUCGUCAUUGUGUUCAUCGAUGACAUUCUGGUCUAUUCCCGUGAUAUCGAUCAGCACAAGGAGCAUCUGAGGAUUGUGCUGGAGACUCUUCGUCGCGAGAAGUUGUAUGCUAAGUUCUCGAUGUGCGAGUUCUGGCUGAACCGUGUGGCAUUCCUUGGCCACAUUGUGACAGCUCGAGGCAUUGAGGUGGAUCCCAGCAAGAUUGAGGCUGUGAGUAAGUGGGAUACGCCAAGAAGUGCUGCAGAUGUUCGUAGUUUCCUGGGGUUAGCAGGAUACUACAGGAGGUUUAUCGAGGGCUUUUCGAAGAUAGCCCAACCACUGACCAACCUUACGAAGAAGGCCGUGAGGUUUGAUUGGAGUCCUCAGUGCGAGGAGAGUUUCCAGGAGUUGAAGAGGAGACUCACUACCGCACCAGUUCUAUCCAUUCCCGACCCUACUUUGGAGUUUACCAUCUAUAGUGAUGCUUCGAAGAUGGGCUUGGGUUGUGUUCUCAUGCAGCAAGGGAAGGUGGUGGCCUAUGCUUCGAGGCAGCUGAAGCCUCACGAUCAGAACUAUCCCACUCAUGAUCUUGAGUUAGCUGCAGUUGUCCACGCUUUGAAGAUUUGGCGGCACUACCUCUAUGGAGGCAAGUGUGAGAUCUUUACCGACCACAAGAGCCUGAAGUACAUUUUCACUCAGAAGGAGCUGAACAUGAGGCAGCGUAGGUGGUUGGAGCUGGUCAAGGACUACGACUGCACCAUUAGCUAUCACCCUGGGAAAGCUAACGUGGUUGCCGAUGCUCUUAGUCGGAGGAGUCAUG